GCAACCGACCUCACAAGGAUCGUGCUCCGCUAUAUAAAGCGUAAACAACUCUACGUAGUUCACACAAUCAAAUCAAUAUCAUAACUUCCGUAUUUACUCUCUCAAUCACAGUUAUCUACGUGUUGAAAGUUGUCUUAUAGUGAUGACGGCGGCCGAAGUAGUUAAGAAGCCAGCGGCGGCGAAGCCCGUCAAGGAGAAGAAAGCAGCCAAGGCGGCGCCCAAGGAGAAGAAGGCCAAGACUGAAAAAUCAGCUAAAACCGCUUCGCAUCCGCCUUACUUUGAGAUGAUCAAGGAGGCGUUGUCGGCGUUGAACGAGAAGAGCGGUUCGAGCCCUUACGCGAUUGCGAAGUACAUGGAGGAGAAACACAAGUCGGUGCUGCCGGCGAAUUUCAGGAAGAUUCUAGGGCUCCAACUCAAAAACUCUGCUGCGAAGGGGAAACUUAACAAAAUCAAGGCCUCCUACAAGUUAUCCGAUGCCGGAAAGAAGGAGAAGGCGGCCGCUGCAAAGAAACCCGCCGUAGCCGCUGCUAAAAAGCCUAGGGCAGCUAAGGCGGCUGCUCCCACCGCCGCUGCUGGAACCAAGAGGAAGGCGGAGGCUGUGAAGAAGGUGGCGGUAAAGAAGGGUGCGAAGAAGGUGGCGGUAAAGAAGGGUGCGAAGAAGGUGGCGACUCCGGUGAAGGCGAAGCAGCCUAAGAGCAUAAAAUCGCCGGCUGCUAAGAGGGCGAGGAGGGCUGUUGCUGUGUGAUUAUGGGGUAGUGUGUGAAAUGGGGUUUGUAGAUACUAGUUGCGAAUCAAAGGAAUUAUAAAGACUUUCAGUAGUGUUUUGGUUUGUGGUUUGUAUAUUUUUGUUAUGCUUGUUAGUAUGAAUGGUUUUUAUAUCUUCAUUCCAA